GCACGCUUACACAUACACGUCCAUAUGUAUCAUACUUCUCUCUGCCCAAGCCGACAACUACCCCGAUUAUCGAUGUUUUAGCUUUCAUGCAUGGCCAGCGACAGCAGCACCCUCCCUGCCUCUUUGCCUGCAGCAUUCCUGCAUGGUCCCGCACUGUUCCACCAGUCGUCCGUUGGUCUGGCAGCAAAGCACUGAACACGUCUGCAAUCCAGCAGACAUCAUUCAAAACUCCUUGGACUCCUAGAGAAAAUGCUGAUGAGCUGGGAAAGGCAACUCAAUCAACGUAGUGUGAGGUUUCAAUUCAAUAGGCGUACCGCUGGCGUUACAUGGCAGGUCAAGGAAGAGGUUGACAAAACGUAUCACGUGCUGCGUACUGUGUACUGUUUCAGAUAGCCAUUUAGAUCCCUGUAGAGUGUAGGCAACUCCACCAGCAUCCGAACAUUUGCCGUGGACAAGCCCUGGGCGUCUCAAUCUAUUCUCUACGUCGUCGGUAAAAGCCUACAUCAUGUGUCAUCGCCCGGGCCAUGUGCUACCUUUUGUCAAGUGAUACAUGUAUGUCAGCAUCUUCACGCUGGAGGUCAGUUUGGAUUUGUAGCCCUGAGGCUGAGGUGAUAACAGGUCGAUUGGUGUGAAGGAUCAAUUUGUGUUUCUGCCUGUGCCAGUUGCAUGUUCAGUGCUCUUCCUCUCUCUAUAUGUGCAUCGCUGGGGGUAUCACUGAGCCCUUUUGUCGACUGGCAUCAUUGAGAUUACUAGUAUCUGACAAAAUAGUUAGUACCUCACUCAGUGUUGCUGUUGUUGACCUUGCAAAGAAAUCCCUUCAGGCGAUAGUUUGUCAAUCACCCAGGGUGUUCGGCGAUGGUGUCGCCACUAUCCGGACUCCGAGUCAUUUGUAACUGUUGUCUGUCCCAUCACGUGACACAAUAGGUAACAAAAUACCUUGUAGGCAACGUAUCCCGUUCAUCAACCAUCUGUUGUGUUCUUGUGUUACUGUCUAAGUGGAGGUGCUAUGGUUUCGACAACUGAGUUGUGUUGACAUUAUCGCCAUCAUCAUUGUGGUCGCCGAUCUUCCAGCUGCCGUGUAAGCAAGUGGUAAAGCCCGCAUGGUGCCGUGGUGGUCUGCUCACUUCGUCACGCAGAUUCAGGGCUUCUUCCUCUCUCACCUCACGUACCUCCGGGGCUAGCUGAGCGACGAGUGCGUAAAUCUACACACAACGUGUCAGCUGAUCGCACCUAGCAACGGACAUGGCGGCGCACAGUGAUAGCGCACAGGUGCGAAAACCUGCGAAGGAAGUGCCGUGUAAAAGUUCGUGCUCAUCAAAUCCUGGACUGAGGAUAGGCUUUGUGACGCUAGCAGGAAUUAUUUGUGCAGUAAUUACUGAGAGUAGUUUGCUGCUGUUUGCCGAUGGCCAGCGGUACUCAAGACGAACGCAUGGCGAGGAGAAAUGGACGUUGUCGUCACUGCACGGCACGGGCGCACAUGACGAUACCACUAGGCAUUCUCAGCUAGUGUACCCUGUCAUAAUCGACGGAGGUGGUGAUGUCAUUGAUCACAAUUUAGAGAUGUUACAGCCGCUUCAUCUAAUGAGUGAUGUUACAAGAGAAAGUGAAAGUCACCGGAGACUGCGGAGAAGUUCAGGCAUCCUGCAAGAAGUCAGAGUUCGAGUUUCAGCGUUCAACCGUGAUUUCCACUUUCUUCUGGAGCCCAAUCUAGACUUGCUGUCGAACCAUCUGCAACUAGACUAUCAUAUAAACCAGUCAGCGACGCCAACGCCGUCAUCAGCGUCGUCAUCAGAACAAACCGAGGAUGACGAACAGAGAAGUAGGAGACCGACUGCACUGGAUGUGUCACAUCUCAUCGGCUGCUUCAUGUCUGGUCGACUGGAAGAGGACAGCGAGUCACAAGCCGCCAUCAAUGUCUGCAAUGGCAUGACGGGCAUGUUUGUUAGUGGUGAUAGAGAGUUCAUCAUUGAACCAGUGCAGAGCACAUCAUCAUCCUCCUCUGGAGAACACACUGCAGGAGAUUAUCGUAACCACCCACAUCUACUCACACAGACUACAAGAAGUAGAAGCAGCAGCAGCACGGUGCAAAGAAGACGGAUGCAGACAAAUGCUGACUCGGCACAGCAACGGGUUCAGAGAUUUAAUGGAGUCCAAUGUGGCGUCAAAGAGAAGGCAAAAGGCACAGCAUUACCCGCACCAGUGAUGACAGAUCAGGAUGAUGUUGCUGUGAGUGGUGACGAUAGCAGUAACCAAGGUGAUGGUCGUUAUGGUAACGGUGAUAGUGACGGGCAUCGACAACGACGCUCCGUUAGUUACCGUUACUACGUAGAAACAUACAUUGUUGCUGAUGAUGCUUUCUACCGUCGUCAUGGUGACGCGUCAAUCCACAUCAUGCUAAAUGCUAUGAAUAUGGUGUCGACACUCUUCAAGGACCCCACUCUGGGGAAUAAUGUCAAGAUUACUACAAGCAAGAUUGAUAUUGGCCAGCAGGGGUUGAGAAAACAGUACCGUGUGAAUGUCGACAAUGCCACACAAACAUUGGAUAAUUUCUGCCAAUGGCAGAGUGAGAUGAACGGCACGAGAGUGACAGCGGGUGGGGGAUUGUCGAGUUAUCAUGAUGUAGCCGUCUUGUUUACUGGAGAGAACAUGUGCAGCAGACCAAACACGGGGUGUGAAGUUGUCGGCAUUGGCAAGAUGGGUGGUAUGUGUUCGUCACGACGUAGCUGUAGUGUAGCUGAAGACACUGGAUUGUUCAUAGCGUUCACAAUAGCACAUGAACUCGGACACAAUUUCAACAUGCCACACGAUGGAGAUGGUAACAAAUGUGGUAUUGGCUAUGGCAAGCGUUACGUACCUGGGCUCAUGGCCAACAAGGCAUCCAACAUCAGCAAAGCCUAUCAAUGGUCGAAAUGUAGCCGAGACUACAUCACUGAUUUCUUAGAUGGUGGUGGUGGAGAAUGCUUGCGUAACCCUAGCAACAACACAAGACGUACAAAUUUGGAGUAUGGAGCCCGUGAGCAGUGCCAGCUAUCCUAUGGACCAAACUCUGUACCCUGCAGAGAGGAUAGCAGCAUGUGUCAAUCUCUGUGGUGCACAACAAACAACAGAGAACGUUGCACAAUGCGCUCUCUUCCACCGUUAUCUGGCACACCAUGUCCUCUACAUUCCAGUAAUCCACAUGUCAAGGAUGGUGUGUGUCACAGAGGCAACUGUUUACCGCCCCAGUCUCUUCAACCAGUGGAUGGCGGUUGGAAUGAUUGGUCGGAAUGGGGUGCAUGCUCACUGACGUGUGGUCGUGGGAUACGCAAGCGUGAUCGUCAAUGCACUAACCCGGAGCCAGUGAACAAUGGCCAGUACUGCAUUGGUGAAAGGGCACAGUACAGGUUCUGUGUAGAAGCAGAUGUCCAGGAUCAGUGUGGUUAUGUGGAUGGCGAGGCGUUAUGGAAAUAUCAGUGCAGUUUCUUCGACUCAUACCGGUUUGGUGAUCAACUUGCUACUGCGAGGGAUGGAAACUGGACAGUGCCAAACAAUAUCGUCACAAAUAGAAAACCAACCUGCUCUCUAGAUUGCUACAAUGGUCGACAUGUGCGCACACUAGCACAGCACGUCAUCGAUGGAACACCGUGUACUUUUGAUUCCAGUGACAUCUGCGUCUCCGGUAGAUGUGUGGCUGUGGGGUGUGACGGUAACCUAGCAACAGACAACGGCGAUGGAAGCGGCACCGUGAAGAGAAUGAGUGUAUGUGGUCAGUGUGGUGGCAAUAACUCUGCAUGUGUCACGGUCACAAGGAGAUGGCGGUCUUGGAGAGAUGCGAGGCGUCAAACGGGAAGUGUUUUUGUCAUGGCUUUGCCAGGUGGAGCUACAACUGUUAGAAUUCAAGAGAAAGAUCCCCUUGCAGAAACAUUCAUUGGUUUGGUGGCCAAUGAUUCUCGGCAAGAAAUAAUCUCGACGACAAGCAUCAAGGCUGCGGGCUACCAUCGUGUGUCUGCAUCACCACACAUGUAG